ACAAUGGCUCAAGGGCAUAAAUUCCAGGACUUGGAGGAGACGGGGGAGGUGCUGGUGGCCUUCAUCAACAGCAGCCAACCGGAGACACUGAGACAAGUGAAAGAUGAACAUCUGGCUCUUUUUGACCAUCACUUAGAAACUAAAAAGAUUGUGACACAGAUUUUAAAAGAUGUGGCUCAGAUUGAGGAGAGGACGGGCCAGAUGCUGGUGGACAUGGAGGAGGAGAAGACCAGAAGGGAGAGGGAGCUGGAGAGCCUGGGGGAACAGCUGAGGCAGGCCACCGCCAAGAGCCAGAUGAGCGACUCAGAAUUACAAUUUCUGCAGAGAGAGUUGGAGAGUCUGAGAAACACCGAGCACGAGCUUGAGACUCUUCAGAGCGAGGUGGACGAAGACACGACCGAGGUCAUCCCUUCAGCAAUAUAUGUGGCUCAGGUGUACUACCUCAUCACCAAGAUCAAGUGGGAAUACGACACACAGCCCAAUGUCCUGAAAGGAGUGCACUACGGGGCAGACCUGGCGACCCCCAUCAACAUCGACACCUCCACGCGAUCUCGGAGUGACGUGAGCGACCAGCUGUGGGGCUUCGUCAGCACCGAGUGGUAGCCGAAGGACGGCCGUGUUGUCAGAAAUGAUGUGUACGUUAUUUAUGUUUUGUCUGUAAAUGUAUUUGUUUUCUUCUGUCCUAUACAAAACAUAUACUGUUUAAAAAAAAAAAUGAAAUAUGUCUUUAGUAGUUAUUCUCUAAGUGUUU